GUUCAGGGCGAGCCAGCGCAUUGGUUGCUGGGAACUGUGGUUUUUACUUCUCCGCCUCCCUGCGGGUUUGCGACGUUUAGCGACUAUUGCGCCUGCGCCAGCUCCGGCUAAGAGGCUGGGGCCGUGGCGGCUGGUGCCGGGUGAUGCUAGGCAGCUCCUUGGGCUCCAAGCUGUUGCGAGGUGUGGGUGGGAGCAGCGGGCAGUCCUGGGUGCGGGGUGUCCGCGAAGGUGGCGCAGCCAUGGCGGCAGGGGAGAGUAUGGCUCAGCGGAUGGUCUGGGUGGACUUGGAGAUGACCGGUUUGGACAUUGAGAAGGAUCAGAUUAUUGAGAUGGCUUGUCUGAUAACUGACUACGAUCUCAACAUUUUGGCUGAAGGUCCUAACCUGAUUAUAAAGCAGCCAGAUGAGUUACUGGACAGCAUGUCAGAUUGGUGUAAGGAGCAUCAUGGGAAGUCUGGUCUUACCAAGGCAGUCAAGGAGAGUACAAUGACAUUGCAGCAGGCAGAGUAUGAAUUUCUGUCCUUUGUACGACAGCAGACUCCUCCGGGGCUCUGUCCACUUGCAGGAAAUUCAGUUCAUGCAGAUAAGAAGUUUCUUGACAAAUACAUGCCUCAGUUCAUGAAACAUCUUCAUUAUAGAAUAAUUGAUGUGAGCACUGUUAAAGAGCUGUGCAGACGCUGGUAUCCAGAAGAAUAUGAAUUUGCACCAAAGAAGGCUGCUUCUCACAGGGCCCUUGAUGACAUUAGUGAAAGCAUCAGAGAACUUCAGUUCUACCGGAAUCACAUCUUCAAGAAGAAGACAGAUGAAAAGAAGAGGAAGAUCAUAGAAAAUGGAGAAAACGAGAAGACUGUGAGUUGAUGCCAGUUCUCCGAGUUCUCUGGAAGCAGCAUCUGGUGGUCUUUUCUGUGUUCACCCUGAUGGCUUGGCAGAGCGCCUUC